CUCGUUUUAAGAUGGAUGCAAAUACAAAAUUCCCAUACUUAAGAAAAACCAAAAGUUUGUGAAACAAAUCAAUUUGAGCCGCAGGAAAUCAGUAAUUUUUUUUUUUUUGAUAUUGAAGUGUAUAGACUGGAAUGUAAUGACUUGUUUCUAUCUCGAUUAAAGCUUAAUUGAGGAAUAGGUAUGACGUAUGUCGACAGCAACUAAAACAUAUUUGAAGCAUCCUGUGCUUGUGAAUCCUACCAAGUGGAUAAGAUCUCCCAAAAUACAUGAAUCAAAUUUGUAUCUUACAGGAUUUUAUAAUUCUAAAUCACUUGAGAAUAAUCCAUUUGCCAAAGCAUUGAUUGAUACCAAAGCCGAUGGAUUAGGAACGAGAUUCCCGGUUGGUUCUAUGAUUCAUUUGACGGCAGAUACGCCGCCUGAUAAGAGAGAAUCGUCUAAUUAUUGGAUAAUGCCAAUCAUCAACCAUUCGAUUAGUCUUGAUAAAUAUUUCUUCACAUCGCAUUAUAUGAUAAAUAAUGAAGUUUAUGUCAAUGAAAUGAUACGACAAGGUAAAAAGGUUAGUACUAGAUUCCUUCCUAGAAAGAUUAUCCAUAGAAAUGGGAAGUUACGUGGUGAAAUUAUAUUUAUGCCUGGAUUUUCUGAUGUGGUUAAACAAAGAUAUGAACAAGAUAUUAUAAGGUUACUCUCAAUUCAAACAGCGCUGGCGCAGUCUAAGAAACAGAAUGCUGGUUUAACGUUAACUAAACAAGGUCCAUCAGUUAAGGUUGUGGGUUCUGAUGUUAUAAUAAAUAUAAAGAAACUAUCACCAUAUUUUGAUUUUGAAGAGGAAGAGUUAUUCAUUCCUUAUGAACAAAAUAAUGAAUUAUGUGAAUUGAUAAUUUAUUACUUGAAUUAUAAACUCGAUCUGAUAUAGCAUGUAUAUAGUCCAAACUACAGAAGACAUUUUUAUCACCUCAAAUGUGUA